GCACACACACUGAAGUGAUAAAGACAGGAAGAGAGAGAGAGAGAGAGAGAGAGAGAGAGAGAGAGAGAGAUUGUUCUUCACUCCUCCUGUGUUGUGUGCACUGAGAUGAGCUGAAAGGUGUUUGGAGGAUUUCACACACAUGAAGUCUCAGUCUUGCCCAGCCAACAUGGACUCGAUGAGAAAGGACAGUUUCUUAUGGGGAAAAGCUACAUUGGGUUCCAGUCAGGAGGAGAAGAAGUUGACAGAAACUGUCUUCAAGAACAAAAAUGACAUUCUUGAUGAUAUCCAGAAACUCCGGUUCGAUAUUGAGAAUGUUAUGAGUGAGAUCCACACCAUGGAGUCCAACGAGGAGAAUAAGAACGUGAUGUUGAGCAGAAUUUUCCUGUGUGGAAAGAAGAAGUUCAACAUGGACCCUAUAAAGGGGAUUCAGUACCUGUUAAAUAAUGGCCUGCUGGAUGAAACUCCAGAAGUAGUGGCUGAGUUCCUGUAUAAAGAGGAGGGACUGAACAAAACAGCCAUUGGGAACUUCCUCGGGGAACGAGAGGAGUUCCACCUGCAGAUCCUGAAAGCUUUCGUAGAUCUUCAUGAAUUUGCAGACCUGAACCUGGUGCAGGCUUUGAGACAGUUUCUGUGGAGUUUCCGUCUCCCAGGAGAGGCUCAGAAGAUCGAUCGCAUGAUGGAGGCCUUUGCUCAGAGAUACUGCACCUGCAAUGCCGGCGUUUUUCAGUCCACAGACUCGUGUUAUAUUCUGUCCUUCGCCAUCAUCAUGUUGAACACCAGCCUGCACAACCCCAAUGUGAAGGAGAAGACCUCUCUGGAACGUUUCAUCAGCAUGAAUCGAGGCAUUGACCAUGGAGGAGAUCUUCCCAGUGACCUUCUGACAAAACUGUACGAGAGCAUAAAGAAUGAACCGUUUAAGAUCCCGGUGGAUGAUGGGAAUGAUCUCACACACACCUUCUUUAACCCUGACAGAGAGGGCUGGCUGCUUAAAGAGGGAGGCAGAGUGAAAACCUGGAAGAGGAGGUGGUUUAUUCUGACAGACAGCUGCCUGUACUACUUCCAGUACACAACUGACAAAGAACCAAAAGGGAUCAUUCCUCUGGAGAACCUGAGCAUCAGAGAGGUGGACGACCUGAACAAACAGUUCUGCUUCGAGCUCUUCCUCCCUCACAGUAAGGGACAGAAGAUAAAGGCGUGUAAAACAGACCCGGAUGGUAAAGUGGUUAUUGGGAAACACCAGUCGUACAGAAUCAGUGCUUCAUCUUUUGAGGAAAGAGACGACUGGGUUCAGGCAAUCAGGGCCUGCAUCACUAAAGAUCCCUUCUACGAUCUGGUCUCUGCUCGCAAAAAGAAAAUCAUCAUCAACAACAACAACAGCAGCACAGAGAGCACUAACUGACCCUCACAGGAGUGCUGUCCUUCAUCAUUCUGUUCUUCAUCACAGACCAGUGACUGGAACGAGGAGCACAAAGGUGAUUGAUGUCCCUCUGAGGUCAUGCUGAGGGUUGAUGGUGGACUGCUGUGUGGUCUGUUCUCGGUAAAAUGAAGGAAUUAUUUCAUUAUUUAUUUUUGUAGUUGACUCACCGACUCACUGACUCACCGACUCACUGACUCAUUGACUCACUAACUCACUCUCUGCCCUUUAUAUUAGCAUUAACUAUGACUAUUAGUUUAGCGCUCUGUUUAGUGUUAGUCUGAGGGGCGGAGCUUCACUGUGUAAAUUUAGAUGUUCCAGAUGAAAUCCAGGUGAAGGUUAGGGUUAGGGUUAGGGUUAGGGUUAGACUCUGUACAGAAACUCUUCAGCGGAUGUGUUUUUAUUUUUCAGUGUUGUAGAAACGUGUUUGUGGUUUGUUCAUGUUUGAAAUGUGUGUAAACUGUGUUUUAUAUUAUGAUGUUAACUAUGAAUGAGUUCCUUCUAACAGCACUUCCCCGAGUGUUUCCCUGCUCGUACACGGCACAACGCAACACCAUCAACCAAAUUCUCUCAUUAAACAAUCACACGUUGUGAUUCUUUCUGACCAGAAUCAUUAACAGUUACAUUAAAUGUGCAACAGGUUUGUGUUCUCACUGGUGUUAAAGCAGUGACUGUGAUAUAAACCUGUGUCCUGGAGCUGCUGUAAUAUAAAGGAAUGGACACCAGUCUGUGGUGUCAAAGUGCUUUGUAUUUUGUCUGUCGCAUUCACAAGCUUGUGUUUAAAUGUACAAAAAAAGGUUGUGGGAAAAAAUGAUGUGAAAUGAAGGACCUUUGUCACUGACAAGUUUUAAAGAUGUGCAAUUUGAGUGAUAUUAUGUAUAUAGAAAUGAUUAAUUUAUUAAAUAUACGCAAUUUUA